AUGUCUAGACCAUCUUUCGGUGUACCAGCGACAUCGAUCACCGACAUCGAUAUUAUUUCCCCAGAAGUACGCCAACAGAUCGUAGCAGGUAAAGAUGUAAAUUUAAACACUUUACUUAUUCCAAACUACGAAACACUUGUAAAAAAGAAAACACAAGAGAAAGAUGAGAGGUUACAAAGAGUCCUCUCCUCAGAUGAGUUUAUAAUGGCCUUUGGCAAUUAUAAAAGAAUUAUGUGUUCAGCAUUUUCAUCAAGGGCGGAAGAGCUAGAUUUGUACCUUGCUCAUGUUAUCGAAACAGCUAAUAUUUGGCCACACAAAUUUUAUGAGUACCACAAAAUGUUUUCGGCUAAAUGUGCUACUAUGCUUAUCCAAUACAACGUUAAAAUUGACUGGUCUAAGGGCGAUAUUGAGUUGAGACAGAAAAUUUGUGCAGGUUCCCGUGUUAAUUCUUGUGCCAAGUGUUACUCGACUAUGCAUUCUACCAACAUGUGUCCAUCAAAAUCUCAAUUUCACACAGGCCCGGGUAAAGCUGAUACCCUUGGACGUGAAAUCGUAUACCAUAACGGCCAACAAGUUUAUAAUAACUUCAAUUGGGUGCAAGGUUGUUCUAAGCCUUACUGCAAAUAUGUUCAUGUCUGUAAACAAUGCAAGUCUAAAAAUCAUGGCAGAAAUCAGUGUCCAACUAAAAAUAAGGAGUCAUCCAAUACUAAACCAAAGCAACAGAAUCAAAAACCAGUUACUGAUAAAGAAAUUCCGACAACUGGCGCCGCAUGCAGAGGAAUUAUUAACGCCAUGUCCACCACUAUCCGAGAUUCUUUGGACUGCUCAAUAGACAAUCUCUGGACUCAUGCUUUAUCCCGGGCAACUUUAACUGCCUAUGAAUCAGGGAUUGGAUUCGUGGAAGCUGACUGUCAUAACAACUGGAAAAGUUUUAAUCGAAAUUGUUACCUAUUCCUUAACCACAAUCCAAUGAACUGGCAAAGCUCUCGGGACUACUGCGCACAUGCAGGUGCAAAGUUGGUAGAAAUUGAUUCUUCUGAUGAGGAUACUUUUAUCUUACAAAACGCGAAGGAUUUACAUCUAAGUGGUCACUGUUUUUGGUUGGGUGGCUCCGAUGCCAGGCUCCCAGGAGUUUGGAUGUGGUCAACAUCACGAAAAAUGUUAAUGUAUACCAACUGGGCACCAGGAGAGCCCAAUCACUAUCACUCUCAUCAGGAGCACUGUCUGAAUCUUCAUUACUAUACUCGCUCUAACGUGUACCUCUGGAAUGACGAGUCGUGUGCAGAACCUUGCUAUCCUAUCUGUGAACAACCAAACCCUUGGAUAAGAUAUACUGAUAAACCUUCUGUUCCUACCACCACUACAACUUCUAGUACUACAACAACCACUGCAGCCCCAACUACCACAACAACCACUCCCCUCCCAACAACUACCACAACCACUCCCCUCCCACCAACCACCAAGCACUUACAAAUGGUAACACUACCACAGAACCCACAGACUACUGAUCAUACAAGCUGUCAAAGCGGAUGGAUCAGAUUUGGCUCAAGCUGCUACCUUUUCGCCACCGACAUCUCAUACGACUGGGUUGAAUCAGGGCACUUCUGCACACUGUUUGGUGCAUCUUUGGCAUCCAUAGAAACUGACAUUGAAAAUAAUUUUAUAAGACAGCAGUUGCUUAGCAUCGCAAAAUCUGUUGACUUUUGGGUUGGUGGUACAGACAUUUUGACAGAAGGUGACUGGAAAUGGAUGACGUCACAAAAGCCAAUAACGUAUUUUGAUUGGUAUCCAGGAAGGCCUAACGAUUUUCAUCACAACGUUAACUGUCUUGAACUGCAUCAUAAUUACAAAUAUCAAUGGAAUGAUCAAGACUGUCGUGUGCUCAAUCAUUUUAUUUGUGAAAUGCCAUAA